CUCCCUGUGAUGAGAGCCUCCUGCUGCCUCAGCCACAGUCCCACCGGCGGGCCUUGGGCCCGGGACAUUCGGUGAUCUCAGAGCAAGGGCAGCCACUGCCACCUGGACCUCACCAGACAUGGAGGCCCACCCCAAGGAGCUGGUGUCCCUGAUGGGAAGAAAAGCCACUGUCGCCGGUGGGAAUGCUGUCAUCCUGCAGGAGAAGAGGCCAGCAGAGAUCACCCCCACUAAGAAGAAUGCACACUUCUUCCUGGAGAUAGAAGGGUUUGAGCCCAACCCCACUGUUGCCAAGACCUCCCCGCCCAUCUUCUCCAAGCCUAUGGAUUCCAACAUCCGACAGUGCCUCUCUGGCAACUGUGAUGACAUGGACUCACCACAAUCUCCUCAGGACGAUGUGACAGAGACACCAUCCAAUCCCAACAGCCCCAGCCUCAGUGCACACCUGGCCAAAGAAGAGCGGAGGCGACAAAAGAAGCGGCUGAAGAAGCGCAUCUUUGCAGCUGUGUCUGAGGGCUUUGUGGAGGAGCUGCUGGGGCUGCUGGUGGAGCUGCAGGAGCUUUGCAAGAGGCGCCGCAGCCUGGAUGUGCCUGACUUCCUCAUGCACAAGCUGACAGCUUCAGACACAGGGAAGACCUGCCUGAUGAAGGCCUUGUUGAACAUCAACCCCCACACCAAGGAGAUUGUGCGGAUCCUGCUGGCCUUUGCUGAUGAAAACGACAUUCUGGACAGGUUCAUCAAUGCUGAGUACACUGAGGAAGCCUAUGAAGGGCAGACAGCGCUGAACAUCGCCAUCGAGCGGCGGCAGGGAGACAUCACAGCGCUGCUCAUCGCUGCCGGCGCCGACGUCAACGCCCACGCCAAGGGGGUCUUCUUCAACCCCAAGUACCAGCACGAAGGCUUCUAUUUCGGUGAGACACCCUUGGCCCUGGCAGCGUGUACCAACCAGCCCGAGAUUGUGCAGCUGCUUAUGGAGAACGAGCAGACGGACAUCACCUCGCAGGACUCACGGGGCAACAACAUCCUACAUGCGCUGGUGACAGUGGCUGAAGACUUCAAGACCCAGAAUGACUUUGUUAUGCACAUGUAUGACAUGAUCUUGCUCAGGAGUGGCAACUGGGAGCUGGAGACCAUGCGCAACAAAGAUGGCCUCACCCCGCUGCAGCUGGCUGCCAAGCUGGGCAAGGCCGAGAUCCUGAAGUACAUCCUCGGUCGUGAGAUCAAGGAGAAGCCCCUCCGGAGCCUGUCCAGGAAGUUCACUGACUGGGCGUAUGGGCCCAUGUCGUCCUCACUCUAUGACCUCACCAAUGUGGACACCACGACAGACAACUCGGUGCUGGAAAUCAUUGUCUACAAUACCAACAUUGAUAACCGGCACGAGAUGCUGACCCUGGAGCCCCUGCACACACUGCUGCGGAUAAAAUGGAAGAAGUUUGCCAAGUACAUGUUCUUCCUGUCCUUCUGCCUUUAUUUCUUCUACAACAUCACCCUGACUCUCAUCUGUUACUACCGACCCCGGGAGGAGGAGGCUCUCCCACACCCCCUGGCCCUGACGCACAACAUGGGGUGGUUGCAGCUCUUAGGAAGGAUGUUCGUGCUCAUCUGGGCCAUGUGCAUUGCUGUGAAAGAGGGCAUUGCGAUCUUUCUGCUGAGACCCUCGGAUCUGCAGUCCAUCCUCUCAGAUGCUUGGUUUCACUUUGUCUUUUUUGUCCAAGCUGUGCUUGUGAUACUGUCUGUCUUCUUGUACUUGUUUGCCUACAAAGAGUACCUCGCCUGCCUCGUGCUGGCCAUGGCCCUGGGCUGGGCGAACAUGCUCUACUACACGCGGGGGUUCCAGUCCAUGGGCAUGUACAGCGUCAUGAUCCAGAAGGUCAUUUUGCAUGAUGUUCUGAAGUUCUUGUUUGUGUACAUCGUGUUCUUACUUGGGUUCGGAGUAGCCCUCGCCUCACUGAUUGAGAAGUGUCCCGGUGACAAAAAGGACUGCACCUCCUACGGCAGCUUCAGCGACGCUGUGCUGGAACUCUUCAAACUCACCAUAGGCCUGGGCGACCUGAACAUCCAGCAGAACUCCAAGUACCCCAUCCUCUUUCUGUUCCUGCUCAUCACCUAUGUCAUCCUCACCUUCGUCCUCCUCCUCAACAUGCUCAUCGCCCUCAUGGGAGAAACUGUGGAGAAUGUCUCCAAGGAGAGCGAGCGCAUCUGGCGCCUACAGAGAGCCAGGACGAUCUUGGAGUUUGAGAAAAUGUUGCCAGAAUGGCUGAGGAGCAGAUUCCGGACGGGAGAGCUGUGUAAAGUAGCAGAGGAGGACUUCCGGCUGUGUCUGCGGAUCAAUGAGGUGAAGUGGACUGAAUGGAAAACACAUGUCUCCUUCCUCAACGAAGAUCCGGGGCCGGUGAGACGGACAGAUUUCAACAAAAUCCAAAAUUCUUCUAGGAGCAACAGCAAAACCACCCUCAAUGCAUUUGAUGAAUUAGAAGACUUUCCGGAAACUUCGGUGUAGAAGCAGAAUGCAGAGCUGGUGUUAGCAUGGGCCUUUGGGUGCUAAAGGCUGGGUCCUGGGCUGUGUGGAGAGAGCUUUGCAGAGGCUGGAGCCUGCUCUGCCUGCCCAAGAGCAGAGAGCACCCUCCGGCUGAGUGGGUGGCUGAACUGAGAGGCAGAUGUCAGUUUUUCUGAGUGAGAAACACUCUGGAUGUUGUUACUUGGUGAAGAGUUUGUGUAAACACAUGGUCAGCAGUCCUGAGCCUGAGGUCCCUGGAGUCCUAGGUGAAGUCUUUGGAUUCACCAACUGGUGAGCAGGUCAGCUUGGCUGGGCGAGGGGCUGUGGAGACGGGCGGGGACCUGAGAAGCAGAGCUUUCUUCCUGGCUACAUCCCCUUAGUAGUCUCCAGCUUCAGCUCCCACAUUCCAUGUCUCCCCUGGGCGUCCUGAAUUUCAGGGGCUCUUGAUCCCAUCCCAGCACAUACAGGGGACUGAGCUAAAUCCGAUAUCCUGGGGGCGGAGGGGAGUGAGUCAUGGAAAUGUCCUUUUGGGAGCUUCAGGGUACAGGAAACUACCCGUGGUAUGAGUGCUCCUUGGCAUCCCAAGGCUCAAACUGUUGCAAAGUGAGAGACAUUUUUAGUAGUGUAAUUAACAUCAGGUUUUUAUUUUCAAUAGAGUAAGGACAUUUCAAUUUUAAAUGAAAAUUACUUCAAAUGAAGUACAUGAUUUUAUAAGUUGAGAAGUAGAUUUUAGGAUUUGGGACUGGGUAUAAGUGUUGUGUCCUAGGCCUCAGGGUGGCCAGAGCAAAAACAAAAAGCUUUUCUUUACACACACAAAAGUCAGCAGGAGCUGUGCCCCACAGGGCCCGUCUGGGUGCCUGUGAUCUGGGUGAAAGAGCUUGGCUCCCUUCCUGGUACUGGCUGUGAUAGUGCGUGCGCUGGGUCCCCGCCUCCUCUCCAGCAGCGAUGGCAGCUGCCCUAUUUCUGUGGCCGUCAGCCUCAGAGGCUGCUCUUCGACGUCAGUAUUGCUCACUGGAGCAGUAGAACACAGCGCCUGAAAUGCUGGUUCCAGCAUAAUGUGUUUUUAAUAUUUAAAAUAUUUAAAUAUUUUUGUUCACUGUGAAUUAGGAAGCUGAGGAAAAAGUGUGUGAGGAAGGAGCAUUUGCCAAAACAAGUUGCUUAUUUUUAGAUCCUCAUCCUCUGAGUUUCUCCCCCUGAAAUUACACAGAGUUAGUUUGGGGCAGAAGUGAAGUAAAGACGGAAGAAACAUUCCCGAUUACUCGAGUUGCACAACUAGCAGAACCACUCUGCUUUGGUUAUCUGGUAAAAGGAUUUGUGUGAGAAUUUUUGAGGCGAUAUUAUAGAGAUAUUAAUCAUGCAUUGUAAUUAAAAAUAGCACAAACAUGAAUUUGGUCUUUAGACAACUUGGCAAUUGGCUAGUUAGCUUGGCUUGAGGCAAACUGAACAGUGCAAACCCACAGCCGCUCUGGGCCCAUUUCUCCGCUAUGGGCUGUUCUGUGUGCUGGCUUACCUGGGUGAGUAGAAACUUGGCCUUUGUGCCCCUGAUGAGCUGGGUCAGGGAGUGAUGGGAUGCAGCCCAAGGAAUGCACAGUCUGCAGCAGCCCUUGCACUUCCAGCUGACUCAGGAGCCAACCAGUGCUCUAAGCAGCAGUGGUCAGACCAAGCUCAGGUGUGAGUGAAGGUAGCAGGGACCAGGCAUGUCCUCUGGAAAAGGGAAGAGCUGGGGGGAUUGUCUUGGAGGCAGAAGGAGCAGAUCUGUUCUGGAUGGGCAGAACUAGUGCCAAAGGUUGGACAUUUCAGAAGAAAGAUUUUGGUUCAGUUCCAUUCAGUCCAGCACCUGCUGUAGAUAUUGGAGAUGUUUAAGCAGAAACUGGUUGAGAAGUUAUUAGGGAUGUUGUCAAAGAUCACGAUCAGAUGAAUGUUAGAAUGCUUUUCACCUGCAGAUCGGCAUCCUGCAUCUGGAGUUACCUACUUGCAUAGUCUAGAAAAGAUGUCUUAGUUUGAAGGGCAGCCUUGUGGAUCCAUGGCGUCAUGCUCUGCACGCUGGUGCUGGGAACCCCAGCACUGCUUUGAUUCAGGCAUGAGUGGAUAUAGCCAUUUCCAUUUCUUGCUUGAACAAAAGCUGGGAGGUCAGGCAAAUAGAAAUCGGUAUUGGGAUCUUUGUCUUUUCUCAUGUAUGGAGAGCUGCGCUCUGUGGAUCUGGAUGGAAUGGGUCAGCAGGACCAUUUUCUGCACUGGUUACUCAUCCCAAAAAGGCUUUCAGCCUAGAUGGUCUGAGUCUACAUAGGUCUCCAAGGCAAAGGCAAGCAGUAAGCUAAAGAGCAUCAGUUUAAGAGGAUGGGUUCCCUUAUUUUACACCUAGAGACUGAAGCUCAGAAAGGAAGGUGGACUUGUUCACAGUCAUGCGGGAAGUCGCAUCAGAGCUGUUGAAGCUGGGGCGCUCUGAUUCCUGGACCACUGAUAUCCCUCCACACCAUUUUCUUUUAAAAGCAGGUAUUCGGGAAAUUUGAGCCUGCCUUUGUGGUUGGCGCAUGUCAGGGGUCUGUGGCUUUUUGCUCAGAUGAUUCAUACUGAUGGUCUAUGCCAUCCCUAUAAUCUCAUGACAGGUUUAAAACUCAAGCAUGCACACAGAUGUGCAUACAAAACCACACACAUACACGUGUACACACACAUCAGUCCACACUAAAUCCAUGGGCACGUUAAGAUAUCUUAAAACUUCAUGAUUUACAUUUCAGCAAUUUAAGGGGAAGGCAUUUUCCAGGGAUGGAAUCUCCUGGGUUCAGAUAAUGGUUUUGGCUCAAACUUCUCCUUUAGUUAAACUCUGACACAGGAAGAAUCCAUUCUUCUAGACGUUAUGUGAUGGAUAUAUCUGUUUGAAAUAAAAAUGGUGCUUCCCUUCCCCCCUGAGAUGUGAGAGAAGGUGUGAGAGGUUGUACUGUGAAGUCAUUAAGCUCUCAGAAGGCUCCUGUCUGAGACAGCCCAGUAUUAUUGGCGUUCCUUUCCUUCCUCAAGGCCUGGUGAACUGGGUCCUGUUGCUCUGGGUGGGCCCAGGCAGAUGGGCCAUCAUCCCGGCCUGUAAGCCGUACUUGAUUGCUGCACUCAUUUACAUGUUUUUACUGUGAUCUUGGCUCCAAAUGCAGGAUUGCCAUCUUGUUCUCACUGAAUGUGCCUUGUCCUUGUAAACUCUAAUUUACAUACUUGUUCUUAGUGUUGUGUGUGUGAGAAACUCUAUGUUCAAGAAAGAGGUUGUAAAUAGAGUAAGAACAUUUUAGUGUCAUUGAAGAAAUGCUUUUAUGAUUUCUAAUAAAUAUUUA